CGGAGCUGGAACAUCGUGACUCCCAGCGUGUGACUGAUACAGUUACCCGCAGGACAGUGAACCACUGAGGCUGCGUUUGUUACUUGAACAUUAAGGGACUAGCAGUUCGGUCCUUCACUGUGCUGGCUGGAUUUGCUUGUGUUUGUUCUUAGCCACUGCUCAUGUAAUGCACUCCCUUAACCAGGAAAUUAAGGCAUUCUCCCGGAAUAAUCUCAGGAAGCAAUGCACCAGGGUGACAACGCUAACUGGAAAGAAGAUUAUAGAAACUUGGAAAGAUGCCAGAAUUCAUGUUGUGGAGGAAGUAGAGCCGAGCACUGGGGAAGGUUGUGGUUAUGUGCAGGACCUUAGCUUGGACCUGCAAGUUGGUGUUAUUAAGCCAUGGUUGCUCCUGGGGUCACAAGAUGCUGCUCAUGAUCUGGAUACACUGAAAAAGCACAAGGUGACUCAUAUUCUCAAUGUUGCAUAUGGAGUUGAAAAUGCUUUCCUCAGUGACUUUGUAUAUAAGAGUAUUUCUAUAUUGGAUCUACCUGAGACCAAUAUCCUGUCUUAUUUUCCAGAAUGUUUUGAAUUUAUUGAACAAGCAAAAAUGAAGGAUGGAGUGGUUCUUGUUCACUGUAAUGCAGGAGUUUCCAGGGCUGCUGCAAUUAUAAUAGGCUUCCUAAUGAAUUCUGAAGAAAUUUCAUUUACCAGUGCUUUUUCUUUGGUGAAAAAUGCAAGACCUUCCAUAUGUCCAAAUGCUGGUUUUGUGGAGCAGCUUCGUACAUAUCAAGAGGGCAAAGAAAGCAAUAAGUGUGACAAAAUACAGGAAUUAGAAGAAACAACAGUUCCUGAGUUACAUUCUAGCUGAUGAUGGACAACUGUAAUUUCUGAGUCGGUCUCUAGAGCCACCUUUCCCCUUUUUGAGAGUAAACUAGUAGAAACUUCCUUUUCUCAUGCUUUUUUCAAGUGGAAAUAGAGGUCAAUUGAUUGUCCUAAGUUAGGGUAUAAACAAAUUUUUUAAAUUAUAUCAUGUUUUCUUUAGUAUUAUAAUGUGUGAUUAAAUGCUUCUUUGAUUUGCUAAGGGAAAAUAACAAUGUAUUACCAAUAAUUGAUUUCUGUAGAAAGAAAAGGUUUAAAUUUAAAAUCUAUAUUAAAGCAUGAAAGAUUAAAUUAGUUGAUUAAAACUUUUGGUAGUUUUCUAUUCCAGCAACUGUUUCCAUGAAGGAAAAAACUUGAAGUGCUACUUGACUUACUAUUUCAGAGGGAGGUAAAUUUCUUUGUGAAGAAUUUAAGAUUAAAAAACAAUACCUUAAACCUCCCAAAAGAGUUAACCAAAAUCUGAAGGUUUACACAAUAUUUAUGUAGUAGUUAUGAUAUUCACAAAAUUUUUAUGUCCUUUUAUGAAAAUGUACCCACUUUUCAUUUUGAUUCUUUAACUGUAUUCCCUGUGUUUAUUUUUAAAGUUUUUUGUAUAGCUAUUCUGUCUUACUUUAUUGUGAGCUUAUGGUUCUUUUAUUAGGUGAUCUGGUCUCUUACAUUGUAUGCUUUUUAUUCUGGGUCCCUAGCACUCUGUUUUUGGGUCUGACGUCAUAAUUUUCUGAUCUCCUUGGAUCUGUG